AUGGCGACUUCGUUCACUGUGCCAGAAGACUUUGGGUCUGUUGAAGCCUAUUUCAAAGCCCGCGAAUCGUUCAUCAACGCAGAGCGAGCUCUGGGUGUCGAAAGCAAGGCGAACAGGUCGGACCUUGAGGCCCAAGCUCAAGAGAUCGUGCAAAGGCUGAAAAAGUGGGAGGAGUACAAUCAUCAUGACUUGAGUGAGACAACAAACUUGUUCAGCAAGGCCUACGUUGCUGGAUCGUGGAUGAAGUAUUCCGAAUUCCUACGCUUGUUCCCAGGUGGCCCGGAGAGGGCAGAGGCAUGGCUCAUUAAACAGAUGGUGAUUACCUCGGAUGAUGCAUACCAUCCGCGCCAGACCGUGGAUGGAAUUUGGAGGGAGUUCAUGCGCAGCGUCAUGGUGCUGCGCUCGUUGCUCUGCUACGAGACUGCAUACAAAGGCCACUUUAGGAGGAUCCUUUGGAGGUUCGCCGAGGACGGCAUCUCUUAUGCAGAGAUCCGACUCGCCAUGAACUACAUGUCCACUAUUCAAAGCGAUGACGGCACACGCGAAUAUGGGCACGGAGAGAUAAUGCAGAUGCUGGCCGAUGUGCUCAAGGAAGAGACCCCGAAGAUACAAGCGUCAGGACUCACAUUUUACGGUGUGAAGGUCAUCUACGCCGUUUUGCGCUCAGCCCCUAAAGAAGCUAUGAAGUGGUGUAUGGACACAUGCAUUGAGCUGAAGCAGCAAUUCCCUGACCUGAUUUGUGCUUUCGACUUGCAAGGCCAGGAAGACCCUGGACAUCCACUCACGUACUGGAUCCCAGAGCUUCUUGAAAUGCGAGCCAGGAUCAGAACAUUAGGCCUUGAUCUGCCGUUCAUCUUCCACGCAGGCGAGACCCUCGACCAUGGAGGCGAUACAGACUCGAACCUCUUCGAUGCCAUUCUUCUGGGAACAAAACGAAUUGGACAUGGUUUCAGCCUCGUCAAGCACCCUCUAUUGAUGCAGCUUUGCAAAGAGAGAAACAUCGCGAUUGAGACCUGCCCGAUAUCAAAUGAGGUUUUGGGGCUCUGCCCAACGACCAAAACGCACCAUCUCCCUGUCCUGUUAUCGAAUUGUGUCCCUUGCACUAUCAACAGCGAUGAUCCUGGAUCCUGGGGAGCAAGCGUCCUGUCUCACGACUUUUACCAAGCCUUGAUGGGAACCAACAACUUGUCUCUGCUUGGCUUGCGGGUCAUUGUCGAGUGGAGUAUUGAGCAUAGCUGCAUGAGCCCUACCAUGAGGGAGAGGGCCACCAAGGACUUUGCCGAGGCCUGGGUCAAAUUCUGCCAGUGGAUCAUCGACGCCCACGAAAAGUAG